AUGCGCGCCUCAACCGUCAUCCUCAACUCCCUGCUCCUGGCCACUGGUCUUGCAGCCCCCGCCGCCGUUGUCAAGAGGGACCUGGCGUCCAUCCAGGGUGCGCUCAAGACCAUCGAGACUGGCCUCGGCAAGCUCACCACCGCCGUCAAGGGCAUCACGACCGACCCGCAGAGCGGGCCCCCGGUCCUGUCUGCCUCUGACGACCUCGGCAAGACCAUCAAGCAGGCAACCACCGACAUCAACGCCAGCCAAGAGCUCUCGCUCCAGGAUGCCCUGACCCUCCAGCAGUCCUCUGGCGGCCUGACGACCGCCGUCAAGGACACCAUCGACGCCCUCAAGGGCAAGAAGGACACUCUUGACCAGCUCGGCUUCACCAAGAUCGCCGUCCAGACCCUCCAGACCCAGAAGACCGACUCGACCGCCCUCGGCAAGGCCAUCGUCUCCAAGAUCCCCGCCAUCGGCCAGAGCAUCGCCCAGCAGGCAGUCGACCAGGUCACCGCCCAGAUCGACGACGGCAUCAAGGCCCUGCAGGCACCUCCCGCCAACGGCGCCGCCCCUCCCGCCGCCGGUGCCUCGCCCACUCCCGCCACCCCCGCCGCCCCCGCCGCCCCCGCCGCCCCCAAGCAGUCUGGUGCCCCCAAGGCCUCUCCCGCCCCCGCCGCUGGCCAGGCCAACAAGGCCACCACCAACCCGUUGACCAGCGCCACCGGUGCGCUCCUCGGCACAUCGGGUGCCCAGCCCGCCGCCGCCGUCCCCGCCGCCGGCGGUGCUCCCAACAUCAACGGUGCUCUGGCUUCGGUUGGCGCCGCCGCCGGUCUGAACAACGGCAAGGGUCAGCCCAACACUGCCAACCCCAUCGCCAACACUGCCACCCAGCUCCUCAACCCCAAGCCGGCUGGUGCCGCUGCCAAGUAA